GGGCGAGCUCCCCGGCCAAGCCGCUCCUUUUUGGAGGGGCGGGGAGGGAAGACUGCUGCAGCUGCCGGUGUUGAAGGAAGGGGCGAAAGGAGCGGCGCGGCAGUGCAGCCCAAGCUGUGUUAACAGCGGUGCGCCUGCAGGCUUAUUGCUCGCUCAGCAGUGUUCCUGGAGCUGCAGCCUGGUUUCAGUCCCGGCACUUGAGGGUGAUGGAAAACACAUCCUGCCGGUGGGUGGAUCUCUUCACCGGUAUAUGCCAGAGCAAGGGUCGGAGGAAUUCUGCCAACUUCUUCUGGAGAACCAGAAGCUGUAUGCAAUAGUGCAUGUGGUAUGAGUGGUAUCACACUGAGGUGAUCACGAAAGAAGCAAGCAAAAAAUAAUGGAGAAAGUAGCCAGAAUAUCAAGGGAGCCCUUUCAAGGAAUCCAACAGUCCCCUACUCCUCCUGACAAGGUAAGCUCCACGCCCAUCUCGCAUGUCCAGCGCUGCCACACAGCUAAUAAAGAUUCCUGUGGCUCUCUGCUGCCAAGAUGUCCAAUAACACACUGUCCUGUGUGUGCAUGGAGUCCAGGUCCCUUUUGCAUGCCCUUGGUACCCUCAGCCAAAAGGAAUUUCAUUGGUUCGUCCCCAGAGGCUUUCCGUGUCUUGAGGGGGGCUCGUGUGUUGGCAAGGAGAGAAGCUGAUGGCUAUUACUACCUGGGACACAUUGUCCAGGAGGGCUCCAGAGAAGGCUUUUUAAUUGAGUUUGACCAAAGUCGUGCUCUGAAGGGCAAGGUCCAGCCUGGCUGGCAGGAAACGCCUCCCUAUGAUAUUCUCCACUACGAAGAUGCCCGGCGACAGCCUCUUGCUCCAGGGGACAGGGUCUUGGCACCAUGGGAGACUCCUGCCAAACGUUUUGGCCCUGGCACUGUGCUAAGGGUUGUGGAGAACACAGAGGCACCUUUAGCGCACAGUGAAAGGAGAGUGCUUGUGAAUUUCUGGAACGGGCAGACUAAGGAGGUGUCUUCUGUCCAAGCUCUGCGGAUUCCCCUGCCCCUGAGCGAACGCAUCAUCCUGGAGCUGCAGAUGCCUUUAGCAGCCAGGCAGAUGGUGAUAGAUUCAAGCUUGGAUUACCCAUACCUUGUGGCACCAGGUUAUAGAGCCUCAGGGCACUACAGACAGCAUCACCUGGACCUGGAUUGCUGCCCUGGGGCUCUGUGUUUCACUCAUGCCUGUGUAAAGUGCAGCUGGGGGUGUACCUCGCUUCCCCGGUGCUGCCCUGGAGCCCGGGAUCCCGCACGGCCUGCAGAGUGCAAAGUGCAGCAGGAAAACGCCUUCGUCCCGGGGGCAAGCUCGACUGAAGACAAGCUCAGCAAGAAAAUAGAACGGGAACUCUCUGAAUUGAGGAUUGCAUCUUCAGGAAGUGUUUCCAGAGAGGAAGAGGAAAAGGAAGAGAAGAGAUUGGAGACAGAAAACGUUCUAAAAGAUGUUAGGUCUUGUUUGGAAGAGGACCAUAAGGUUAUAGAAACUGAGAAGGGCCCUCAGAGAGAGACGGCUCGUGCUGUGGUUGAUGCUGCUGUCAACACAGACAGCUGGUUAAUGGAGACAGAUCACAAGGAAGAAGCAGACAGCAGACAGAAGGAUGCUGAAACUGAAGCUAAUUUUGAACACGAGCAUGGCCUUUUUGAGUCCAGAGUGGCAGAAGCUCCAGUCCAUCAUUCCCAGAAGAGCCCUUCCCUGGGAAGCAGUGCUUUGGUUCCUUUCAGGCACCAGAGCUUCUUUGCCCAAGUGAAUCAAUCACUGGAGAAGGACAGCCUGGCCAUCAAAUCAGCCUUUCGUGUGCAGAGACCACACAGCACCACCAGCCUGCUGCCUGGAAGAUCCACACGUCUCCCAAAUCUUCUGAAAGACAAAAGCAUCACAAAAUCAGUCCUUAGUGGUGCAUCUCAGGAGAGGUGGAAAGAGCUGGACUUCAACAGAGCCAAGACUGAGCACAAAAGGUGGCAAGAGGAACAGAGGCAGCUGAAGAGGAAGCAGCAGCAAGAGGCAGAUGGCACCCGACGCCAGCUGCGCAGGGACAGCCAGAGGCAGCGAUUGCGUCAAAGAACAUUGCAAGGGCUGGAGAAACAGCUGGAGCAGAAAGAGAGAGCUUUGCAGCACAUGGCACUGCUCCAGGCUGCUGGGGCUGAGAGGAGCAGGAAGGAAUCCUUCUUUCGAGAGGAGGAGGAGAGGAAGGCAAGGCAGAGGCUUCAGUUCUUAAAGACACAGCAUUUGCAGAGAGAGAAGUUACAGGCAGAAAGCAACGAAAGGAGCUGUGAACAAGAGAAAGAAAGGCUGGAGUUCCUGAGGAGCAGAAUGCAGUCACGGCAGGAAGUGCUGGAACAAGAAUCCCAGGAGCAGGACAAACAGCAAAACCAGCACCAGGCUGCCAAAGUGAGAUUGUUCCAGAGGAGAGAAAAUUCCCAUCUGAAGACGGAAAAAGAAGGCCAGAAACUCCGUGCCCUCCAGCAGUACCUCAGGGAACAAAGCCUUCUGCUGCUGCGGGCAUCCCUGCUCGAGUAAGGAAUCUGCACAGUGGGUGAGCAGGGCCUGGAGCAGUUCCCACACCUGCUGUGUCCUGGCAGGUGUGGUCAGUGUGCCAGAGCAGAGCUGUGACAGGUGGCAUUAGGAUUCCUGGAGACGUCUUUAAUCUCCCUUUCACUGCUCCAGAGCGCAGAGUGCACUUCCACUGCUCCAUCUUCUGCCUGCCUUUCUUCCUGGGGUCGCUGGCAUCCCCCUCCCCUGAGAGGGAGCAGCAGGGCACAUCCAGAGGCACUUUUCUGCAUCAGAAAGGAGGGGGGUUCUAGCGCAUUGCACUGUGAUGAGUGGAGGUGCCACAGGAGAGGAGAAGGUUAAGCUUGUCACAUCCUGAAGUGCUCCCUCUUCCUCACAUCAUCUGAGGUACAAAAUUCCCUGUGGCUGUGCCAAAGGAAAUUGCUGGUCAGCUCUGGGUAACCAGAAAUUUCAGACAGGUGUUUAGGAAAGGAGAUGGCACAAUUUAUUUGCUGAAACAGUCAGAGCUAUAUGGAAAUACCUUGAUUUUACACAGAAUUAUGCUAAAAUGAAUACAAUAUAUGUGAUACCUUGUUUCAAGUAAUGCCCAGAACCAAGCUAGAUGCUUUUAUAUUUAUAUUUAUAUUCGGCCUGACAUUCUGUGUGCACUUAGAAACAUGAUGCACAAUUUCUGGCACAUUAUAAAAAAUGUAUGCCUCUUACUAGAAUACAGCACCAGUAAUAAUGGCAGUUUCUUAGGAAAAGAAAAAAAAGGAAAAAAGUAAAAUGAAGAAAACUUGCAAAAGGGAGCUCCUUUGAAAUCCUGCCUAAUCUUCUGAAUGGCCAGCAAUGUCCUAGCAGCAAGGGUCAGACUGCAUUCCUCCAGGGAUAAUGGAGAGGCUAUGCCUUCAGCUUUUUCCUGAAAAGACAAAGUCUCUCAUCCAGAUGUUUACAAACUACUCUGAGACCUUAACAGCUAAAAUGGGUAUUUUUAAACUUGAGGAUCCAUAAUGUGCAUGAGCCAUCCUCAGAUUUUUGCUUAAAGAAAAACAGAAAGAGGGAAAAGCAAAGAUGAACUUAAAUAGAAGGCAAGGGCUUUAACAAAAAAAAAAAAAAAAAAAAGUCAUAGUUAAGGUCUUUAAAAAAUCUAACUUGCUUCAGAUUAUGGAAAUUACAUAUGAGGCACAGUUUUGCAUUUUAGACGGGGAAUCCCAUCACUUGGACCACUUUCCACUCUGUUGAGUGUCUGGAAAAGCUGGCUGGAAUCUGCUCAGCAAGAACAUGGAUGGUUGUGCCCCAGACCUGGCACACACCCUACUGAGGGAACGUGGGUGCUGGUGGCACAUGGAGAUUUUCCUUUGGGUAAUGUUUGGGGGUUGCUUGCUUGUCUUCUUGUUUGGGUUCUCUUUUACAUAAAAUCAUGUGCUAGUUAGGACAAUGCUCUGGCUGCUUAUGACUUUAACUAGACUUAAAGAAACAAGCCUAAAACAUACAAGGUGUUAAACUCUACUCCUGCUUUUAUCCUUAUGCACUUGGAAAUGGAAUAUGCAGUGAUUAAAUGAAAGUACAUGAAAUAUACUGACCUGAAUCUAAACUUA